AUGGGCGGCCGCAGCAGACGCCGCCGCGACCGCGGCAGGGACCGCAGCAGGUCCUCUGGCAGCGAGAGCAGCGCAGGCAGCGGACGGCAGCCACCGCCGGCGCGCAAGCGGCGCAAGGCCAAGAACGGGGAGGCCGAGAAGGCGCCGACAUCGGCCGACAUUCCAGGAGCACCAGCCCGCGCCGAGAAUGCACAGCCAGGGGAGCAAGAAUCAGCCCCGUCGAGAGAGAAGGGGGCAUGGCGCACGGAGGUGAAGCAGGCCGACACCGCGGAGGCGAGCGACGACGACGUCCCAGACGGACUCAUAGUGCAGGACGAGACCGAGGAGGACGUCGAGAAGAAGCUCAGAGAAAGCCGUGCGCGGCGCGAGGCUCUCAUGGCCAAGUGGGUGACGCGAGGCGAGGGCCAGGAGGGCGGCGGCCUGCACAUGCCCGACACCGCGUGCUCCCUGGAGGACGACUCCGGCUCGGACGGGGAGACCGCCCAGUUCUUCGCCAAACGGCGGCAGGAGCAGGAGGAGGUGCAGGACCGUGAGCCCACGGCGCUGGAGAAGGCGGAGCGGGACGCGAAGCAGGCGGUGACCCGAUUCAUCAUGGCGGAGAAGGCCAGAGAGGAAGAGCGCGGCGACAUGUUCGGCGAGGAGGGCGACGACGAGGCGGCCCUCAAGAGGCGCGACAGCAAGCUGCACGCUCAGGCGAUCGGCCAGACGGGCGCAUCGGGAGCCGACUGGGACGAGGACUUGUACUACAAGGCGCAGGUCGGUGAGAUGAUGAACAACCGCUACAGGGUCUUCGAGACUUUGUGCGGGAAGGGCACGUUCUCCAACGUCGUCAAGUGCACCGACGAGAAGACAAAGGAGGCCGUCGCCAUCAAAGUCAUCAGAAGUAAUGACAUGAUGCGAAAGGCUGCCGAGAAGGAGGUUGAAAUCCUCAACCGAUUGGCCCAGGCGGACAAGGGCAACAAGAAGCACGUGAUCCGCCUCCUCGCCACCUUCGACUACAGAGACCACUACUGCCUGGUAUUCGAGUGCAUGUGGGACAACCUCAGGGUUGCACAGCAGAAGUACACCAAGGGCGAGGGCAUGUCACUGAAGGCCGUGCGGGCCUACACGAAGCAGCUGCUCGUGGCCCUGCGGCACAUCCACCGAUGUGAGCUGGUGCACGCGGACAUCAAGCCAGACAACAUUCUCAUCAGUGCAGGGCACAACCUGGUGAAGAUAUGCGAUCUGGGGUCCGCGAUGGAGCUCACGGAGGUCGAGAUCACGCCAUACCUCGUGAGCCGAUUCUAUCGGGCCCCCGAGAUUGUUAUCGGCGCCAAGUACGGCCAAGCCGCGGACACGUUCGCGCUUGGCGCCACGCUUUUGGAGUUAUUCACGGGCAAGAUCCUGUUUCCUGGGAAGUCUAACAACGAUAUGUUGAGGCUCUUCAUGGAGGUUAAGGGCAAGCUGCCACACAAGUUUAUCAAGACAGGGACUGUCUGGAAGAGCCACUUCGACGAGAACUUGGACUUCAAGUUCUUGGACAGGAAGGGCAAGAAGGUGGUCACCCGGAUAAUCACCGACCUGUCCGCGAAACGGCCCAUCCUAGAGAUGGUCAUGGCGAGGAUCGGGCCCGAGAAGCAGCGGUCGACGCUGGCCGAGGACGCGGCGGACCCGCCGCCCUGCCCCCGCGGGGCUCCGCCGCCCGCGGGCCUGGCGAGGGCGCGGGGCGCUCGCGGCCUGCUGCUGGCGCUGUGGGGAGGUGCGCUUCGAAGGCGUCUCUCCGUCGCAGCUUGCGCGUAUUUGCUGAAGGCGGUGCUCACGGUGUGCUCACCCGUGGCCGUUUUUGCUCUGCUCCGUUGGUUCCAAGACUCGGAUGCUCCAUGGCAGCACGGCUGCUGGUUUGCAGCGGGUAAUGCUUGCGCGGUGCUGGGCCAGCAUGUGCUGCACCGGGUGUUUGUCUACCAGGGCGCCGCAGCUGGGCGUCAUUGCCAGCUGGCAGUUGCUGGCGCUCUCUUCCGUCAGACUUUGCAGCUGGGCGUUGCGUCCUGCGCGCGUUUCGACAGCGGUGGGCUGACCAAUUUGGCAGGCAAGGAUGCAGAGAACGUUUCAGAGUUGUGGUUGGGCAUCAUCCCACUCGUGCUUCAGCCAAUCGAGAUCAUCGCUGUGAUAUGCUUGCUGUGGCUGGUCGUGGGCGAGGCAACGUUGGGAGCGCUUGCCCUGUGUCUUCUGAGCCUGGCAGGUGUCAAGGCUGUCGGCGGUAUGGCGGAGCGGUGCACCGCACGAAGCGCCGCGCUGUCGGACGAGCGGCUCAAGCGUCUGUCUGAAGUGCUCUACGGCAUCAAGGUUGUCAAAGCCAAUGGGUGGGCCUCGCGCUUCGAGGGGCAGGUGCGCGGCGUUGCCCGCAAGGAGAGUCACAGUUGUCUUUAA